AUGCCCUCUCCUCAGCAGUUCCAGAGCCCCUUCUAGGCUCCCAGUGUCUCAGCGUCCAGCCCAGGCUGCUCAGCCCUGCAUUACUACACUGCUGCUUGACCCUGGGGUUCUACAGCAGGUCUCAUUCUACCCUCCUGACCCGCCCCCCUUCCUUCCUGGCUCCCUUUCAGCAGCGGCCUUUCACUCCCUCAAUCAGCAAAGUUUGCCAGGUCCUGUUUUACACUGGAAUACAGAGGUGGACUGAAUGAACAGUCAGAACGGCUUAUAUUCUGGUGGGGAGGUAGACAGAAAAUAAAGUACACAAACACAUAACUGAGAUAGUUUCUGGCCUUGGCAACUGCUAGGAAGAAUAUAACAUGGGAUGAUGUACUAGAGAAUGGUUAGGGGAGCCCCCACCCGGAGUGACUUCUGAGCUGAGAUUGAAGUAAGUUACUCCUAUUUGGAGUACUGGGGAAAGAGGGAUGCUCAGAGAGGGGGCAGCCAGAAUAGUGGCCCGAAGUCCAUGAAGUUGGUGAGCUUGGUACACAGCUGGUGUGGAGCAGGUGGAGGUGAGAUGUGGGUGAGAUGAGCAGGGCCCAGGUGCUGGGUGCUGGGAGAGGCUGGGUCACAUUUCCUUGGGAAACUAUUGGAGGUUUCCUCCCACCCUAUCCUACUGUACUUACUUAUUUCUCUCACUCUUUUUAUAUAAUUUUACCUGUGACUAUCUCAGUUUAUAUCUAGAAAAGGAAGGCCUCCUUUAAUAAGAAUCACAGUACCAUCAUCACACUUAAAAAUAUCAAGACAAAUUCCUUGAUAUUAUGGAAUAUUCAGUUGGUGGUCACAAUUUAGAGGAGAGCUUAAGUGGGCAGGAACAUGGUCUGAUCUGCUUCUUCCCACCAGUCCCGGCCUCUCCCGGGUUCCAGGAAGGCUGGAGUCCCCCGCAUUCCUUAACAUCACAGCAGAGGGACAGAAAGAUCGUAUGUUCCCCCACUUGGAGGCUAAUCUUAAUGGCUGGUACUGACCAUGCCCUGUGCUCAUGCCAGCCCUACAGUAAGUGCUCAUCAUAUGAUAGGUAGCUCAUUGGACUCUUAAAGCAAGAGAACUAGGCACUGCUGGCAGCAUCCCCACCCAGUAAACCAAGACAGGCACAGAGACGUUGUGCCACCUGCCCAAGAUCAUCUGCUCAGCUGACAUAUUGCACAGCCAGCAGUGGCACGGCCAGGCCAGCAUGGUGGACCACUUGCUUCCAGUGGACGAGAACUUCUCGUCGCCGAAGUGCCGGGUUGGUUAUUUGGGAGACAGGCUGGUAAGCAGGCAAGCGUACCACAUGCUGCCCUCACCCCCCUCGGAAGAUGACAGUGAUGCCUCCAGCCUCUGCUCCUGUGCCAGCCCCGACUCGCAAGCCCUCUGCUCCUGCUACAGCAGUGGCCCGGGCGCUGAGGGCCAGGACAACAUCUUGGACUUCCUGCUAUCCCAGGCUACGCUGGGCAGUGGUGGCAGCGGCAGCAUUGGGGCCAGCAGUGGUCCUGUGACCUGGGAGGCCUGGCGGAGGGCACCGGCACCUGUGAAGGGGGAGCAUUUCUGCUUCCCAGAGUUUCCUGUCGGUGACCCCGAUGAUGUUCCAAGGCCCUUCCAGCCCACUCUGGAGGAGAUUGAAGAGUUUCUGGAGGAGAACAUGGAGCUGGGGGUCAAGGAGGCUCCAGAGAGCAACAAUAAGGAUGUGGAGGUCUGUAGUCAGCUCUCAGCUGGGCCACACAGGAGCCAUCUCCAUCCUGGGUCUGGUGGGAGAGAGCGCUGUGCUCCCCAGCCAGGUGGUGCCAAUGCGGGUGACACUCAGGGCCCAGGUGGGGGGCCUGCACCCGAUGGCCCCAUCCCCUUGCUGCUGCAGAUUCAACCUGUGCAGGUGAAGCAGGAAUCGGGCACAGAGCCCUCCUCCCCUGGGCAGGCCCCGGAGAGUGUCAAGGUAGCCCAGCUCCUGGUCAACAUCCAGGGGCAGACCUUUGCACUCCUGCCCCAGGUGGUGCCCUCCUCGAACUUGAACGUGCCCUCCAAGUUCGUGCGCAUUGCCCCUGUGCCCAUUGCUGCCAAGCCCAUUGGGUCAGGACCCCUGGGGCCCGGCCCCACCGGCCUCCUCAUGGGCCAGAAGUUCCCCAAGAACCCGGCGGCAGAACUCAUCAAAAUGCACAAAUGUACUUUCCCCGGAUGCAGCAAGAUGUACACCAAAAGCAGCCACCUCAAGGCCCACCUACGACGGCACACAGGCGAGAAGCCCUUUGCCUGCACCUGGCCGGGCUGUGGCUGGAGGUUCUCCCGUUCAGAUGAACUGUCAAGGCACCGGCGUUCGCACUCAGGCGUGAAGCCCUACCAGUGCCCUGUGUGUGAGAAGAAGUUCGCGCGGAGUGACCACCUGUCCAAGCACAUCAAGGUGCAUCGCUUCCCCCGGAGCAGUCGCUCCGUACGUGCUGCCAACUGACCCCCCACCUCACCCACCCACACAACCAUUACCGCUACCACCUGCUUACCCCAUCCCACCAGCCCCAUCAGAUCGUCCAGAUUGCCCAUAUAUUUUGUAGCAAUAAUUUAUUUGCCUCCUUCAGAGAGAUGUGACAAUGUUGCCAACCCAGCAGCCUGGGUUGGUAUGAGUAGAGGGGGGCUGGCCUGGGAGGCAGGAACCCAGAGCCCCCCACCUGCUGCCUUUCCUGGGGAGACCCAGCCCCUGACCCAGGAGGCCGGCCUUUGUGCCUUUGCACCUUCGUGCCUUCCUGCGCCGCUGUCACAGGCCUCUGCCGCAGUGUCUGGGGGCCUGGCCCUUCUCCCACUGGGCUCCCUGCUUGGGCCAGGGCCAGCACUUUAUUGCCCGGGAAGAUGAAAUGUGCAGUUUUGAAAUGUCUGUUCCCACAGGGAGCCACACGGGGGAAAAGGAAGUAGGCCAAAAGUCCUGGGCUGCACUAUGGUGUGCAGGUGGUUUUGUCCAAAUGCUUUGCUCAGCCUGCAUACCAGAAGGUAUGGCAGGGCUGUUAGGGGUGCAGGACCUGGCCUCCUGGUGGCUACAGGAUUGGGGUGAAAAGUCCCCCCUCUGGGGGCUGACAGUGCAUGUGCUUCAGUUAAAUGUGCAGGGCAGGCAGACAGAUGCAGGCUAGCCCCGGAGCAUCUGCACCCAGUGUGGCUUAUCUCCUCGUCCUGGUUCCAGACACCAGCCUCCAGAGUCACCUUUUGGGAGGAGAGGGGAACAGGCUGUGUAGCGAGUAGAAGAAGCAGAUAAAGCCCCCCAAUCCUUAUUUAGAAAUGCAUUCCUCAUUUUGUCUAGAAAUUAAUAUCAAAUGAACUAGCUUGUUUUGAUAGGUUUAUUUCACAUCCUAUGAAUGUAUGUAAAUAAACUGUACAUAGGUACAUCUACAUAAAAUAUCUUUUAAUAACAUCAGCAUUUGUGUAAAUUUGAAAUUUUAAAAAUCUAUAAAGCUGGUGUAUAUAUGUUACAAUUAUGUAUAUUUUCUUUGGUCCUUCAUAAAAAUAUAUUUACUUUGCCAAUAAAAAGAAAAAAGAACU